AUGUCGCGGUUUUAUGCGACGUGUCACCCGGGAUUGGAGGAGGUGGUCGCGCGCGAGCUCGCGUCGCCGAUGAUUGACGCGCGGGAGGUGCGCGUUGGGAAAUCCGGCGUGAGCUUUGUCGGGACGCAGCGCGUGGGGUACGACGCGAAUCUGUGGUUGCGAAGCGCCGUGCGCGUGCUCGUGGAACUGAAACGAGGAUAUCUCGAUCCGGGGGUGAGCGGCACGGAGAGCGUGUACGAGUUCAUCAAGCGGGCGGCGCCGUGGGAAGAGGUCGUUCCAGGGGUUUCCCGAGCGGGCGAGGCGUUGACUUUCGCGGUGGAGACGCGCGUGUGGGAUUGCUCUCAAAUCACGAGCUCGCACGCGGCGAAGAUUCGCGUCAAGGAUGCCGUGUGCGAUGCUCUCGUUGACGCCACGGGAACGCGUCCGCAACCACCGAUAAACUACGCCGCCGCGGAUGUGCCUCUGUACGUCACGCUCUAUCGGGACGAGGUCAUCGUGUAUCGAGACAUGAGCGGGGAGUCGCUUCACCGCCGAGGAUACCGAAACGCCAUGCACAGAGCGUCCCUGAGUGAAUCCGCGGCGGCUGGGAUGCUCAGUCUCGCGGGUUGGCCCGAUAUGCUCGAACAGUGGCGACGCGAUCCCGACGGAACGCCCGCGCCCGUGCUCAUCGACCCGAUGUGCGGCAGCGGAACGUUUCUCAUCGAAGCCGCGCUCAUGGCGGCGAACGUCGCGCCCGGCUUGGUCCGGGCCGAAACCAUCGGCUACGCGUUUGAACGGUGGCCCGAUCACGAUCAACGCAUGUUCGAUGCGUGUCUGGAGGACGCGCGAAGAAUCGGGUCGGAGACGCGCGCGGCGUGCGCGUCGCCGCCAGUCAUCAUCGGGAACGACAUCCAUCCGGGCGCCGUGACGCUGGCGGGGCAGGGCGCGGAGACGGCCAGAGUCUCUGGCAUGGUGGAAAUUUUCAGAAAUAACUGCGAAACUUUCAGGUUACCGUCGAAGAUUGACCCCGAGGCGCGGCGAGUCAUCGUCACGAAUCCUCCUUGGGGGAAGCGCAUCGGCGCGGGCGGAGACGCCGAGGGCGACGAUGGGUACGCGGGAGAUGGCGAAUUCGACCGCGAUACCACAGUGAACUCGAAUGGAGUGAGCGCGGAGGAGGCGCUCGAGCAGUGCUGGAACUCGCUCGGGGUUUUCCUCAAGCGAGAGUGUCCCGAUACCUCUGCGUUUGUCUUGAGCGGGAACCCGGCGGUAUCGAGAGCGAUUCGGAUGCGAGCGUCGCGAAAGCACGUCGUCGGCAUCGGCGGCGUCGAUUGCCGUCUUCUUCGCUACGAUAUUUUACCACCGAAACCGCCGGGGUACGUUCCGACGCACCGAGAGAAUCGUCGAGACGAGCGCAACUGGUAA